UUUACGUUCAUCAGUCAGUCUGGCUUCGCGCGCGCUGCGGCCGUGAUUCGUCGCGUUAAAAAAAAAAUUGUCUAUUUCCCUAUUUGGCGGGAAAAUAACUAGGUUAGAUUAAACAAUUAUGCAUAACUCCGCGUGUAAAUUAAAAAAUUGUGUUUUGUAACGAUGGUACGGAGCUUAAGUAAUGAUAAGGGUGGUUUAUUUCUUCACACGCAUCUUAAUUAGUGUUUAAGCGAUGCAAUAUCAAAGUAUCGAGGAAGAUGAUUUGCAAUAUCGGAUUUUUGGUGAAUCCUAUAACAUACUAUCAGAGAAUAGCAAUUCAGCCGGCCGGCGUAGAAAACGUAGCGGCAAUGAUUCGGAGUCGAGCGAUUACAGUGACGACUCGGCGGCGUAUGAGGAUGCGUUACUUACAGCCAAAAGUUCUGGCCCGAGGAAGAAUUGCAAUAGGGGAAGAUGGACCAAAGAGGAGGAUGCGAAACUCAAAAUGUACGUGCGCAUAUACAAAGAGAACUGGGAGAUGAUAGCCGCACAGUUCCCAGACCGCUCCGACGUGCAGUGCCAGCAGAGAUGGACCAAGGUGGUCGACCCCAAACUAGUCAAGGGCCCUUGGACCAAGGAGGAGGAUGAGAAAGUAAUGGAAUUAGUUGCUAAGUACGGGCCAAAGAAAUGGACACUAAUAGCGCGGCAUUUAAAAGGCAGGAUAGGGAAACAGUGCAGAGAGCGAUGGCACAAUCACUUAAAUCCAUCAAUAAAGAAAACAGCAUGGACAGAACAUGAGGACAGGAUUAUUUACCAAGCUCACAAACAGUUGGGCAACCAGUGGGCUAAGAUCGCAAAAUUAUUGCCUGGCAGGACCGACAACGCGAUCAAGAACCACUGGAACUCGACAAUGCGCAGGAAGUACGAGCCGGACAUGGACGGGUUCGACGCGCGCCGCCGCCACGCCAAGGUGAAGCGCUUCGAGCUGGGCGCCACUAGUGAUAAAGUCGCUGUUGCUUAUAAUGAUAGCAAUUGGUCAGAUCCAUUCAACGAGUCAAUCCAAAGCAACUCAUCGACAACGAGCCAGCCGCCCUCCAAACAAGUAUUACACUUCCGGCAGUUACUGAAGGACCAACUGACAAACAUACAGCAGAAUAUAACAAGCGUACAGAGUAUACAGGGCAGAGAGUCUCCGGAUAGAGGCGGGUUGGUGGCCGCUGAUAUCGAAAUCGUUGAAUCACCGUUUAAAUUCGUGAAUAUAGAAACAUUGCCGAUGGAUUCGCCAAUAAAAAGUUAUUUGUCACAAGCGUCGUCUAAUACUAAUAAUAAUCAAAACAGUGUAACAUACUCGGUAUGUACAGAACCAAGCAAGGAAAUAAUAGUACCAUCUGUAUAUUCAUCGCCCAAGAAGAAACUAACUGAAUCUAGUCCGCCACCGAUUUUGAGGCGAAAGAAUAAAAAACCCGUACAUAACAAUUGGACCGAGAACGUGAAGUCAAUAGAAGGUGCGACUCCAAUCAAAGCUUUGCCGUUCAGUCCAUCGCAGUUCCUUAACUCUCCGGCUACUUUGUCCUUCCCUAACUUUGAUUCAACACCACUGAGACAAGCCGUUAAUAAGGAAUGGGGAGCAAGUCCAUUAUUACAUACACCCACACCCGCUAAUAUCACACCGGGAGGAACACAACUAAAGAAUACACCUAAAACACCAACGCCUUUCAAAAUCGCAAUGGCGGAGAUCGGCAAGAAAUCUGGCCUCAAAUAUUCACCGUCGAGUCCGGGCGUGCUGGUGGCCGACAUCACUGAAAUGAUACAAAGGGAAGAGAGUGCUAACAACGACUCCGCUAUGUCCAAUGUUGAGAACGAUGUGCAGCAGGUGAACGACAGCGGCAUCGGGUCCGGGUCCCGCGGCAAGGAGAACGUGCCGGCGCACAAGCGCGCGCGGAAGGCGCUCGCGCACAGCUGGGGCGCCGCCACCAGCACGCCGCACGCGCACGCGCACGCCGUGCCCGACGUCUGCUUCGCGCUCGAGACCCCGAGCAAAACGCUAGCGGGCGACAGUUCAGUGCUAUUCUCACCACCCUCGAUCGUGAAGAAUUCCCUUCUAGAAGAAUCGACGAGCCUCCACAGCCUCAUCAGCACGGAGAACACACCAGAACCGAUGAAAUACGAGGAAAUGGAGAUAGAGAACGUUAUCACGCAAAACAAGGUACAACACAGGUCCUAUAUCCCUACUAAUCCUGAACCUAACACCCUAGAUCCCAGCUUAAUGUACGAGUAUCAAACGCCCUUCAGGAAUAUAACUAAUGUCGAAUCGCCUAGAAGCUUCGCUAGGCUCAACGCCGAUAGACUAAAGACCAUAACCAGUAGUGAUCUAGCAUGCGAUAACCUUAUAGCGCCCAAAGAGGUUCUAGCUAACGCGUUAGUGGAUCAUAUCUAUAAGGUAACUAACCAAAAACCCUCUACGUCGAGAAUCGAUCAAAUAUUAACAAAUAAAAUGGCGAAAAAUAAUGAAGUCGAAAAGGAAAAUCAAUGGUGGAGUAUGGAGAAAAGCACCGCGUAUACGGAUAGCGAGAAACAAAAUGACGACUUGUACAACGAUUAUUAUAUAUUUACUAAUAUGUAAUUAAUCAAUCACACGUGAGAAUGAAAUUUGCUGAAUGAAGCAAAUAGCAAUAUCGGACUAGUUUAUUGCGUCUUAAAAUCAAUGAUCAAUUGAAAUUUGUAUAUUUCGGUAAAAUCGAUUCUUAUUCGAAUUGUUAUAACGUUGACUCGAUUGAAAUCGAUGAAUAAUCGAUUGAAAUUUUUUUGUUUAAGCGCUUACUUAACGUAUGACGAAAUUAAUAUAAGCGACCAAAGAUGAACGUUUCAUCAAAUGAAUUUUCUUAAUAUAUUGGUUAAUUAGGUUUAUUGGGAAUUAUAUUUGACGUAUAAUGGACGUUAAUGUACGAGUUGUAUUUUAGAAUAGUUUAAAGGAAAAUGGAGUUUGGAUUAAAUAAAUAAAGUUCUUUUUUGUAUUAUGUUUGAAAUAAAGUAAACAAUUAAUAC